GCACCUGAUCAGUAUUGAUAUUUCGCAAGUGCGCUCCGUUGCGAUUAACAUAUGUAUUUUGCACUUAAAAUACUCGUGCAACGAACAGUGAGAGUGUAGACCAAGUUCCGUGGUUUAUAUUGUGACUUUAUACAGCAUAUUUUAUACAAAUCUCGUGAAUUCAACUACGCAUUCAAGUUGGAGUUUGCAUCAUGGCACCGAUUGCAACGUACGUAUUUUUCGAUCUUGGAACGACCGGUUUACGUAACAGCGAUCCUAAAAUAACAGAGAUACAUAUGAUAGCGUACAGGUGUGAAGAUCUUCGAAAAUAUUUUCGGGAUGGAAGCGAACGUCUUGAUUGUGAAAAACUCCACUGCCGACUUGAAAAUGAUGAGAUGUGUUUAAUAAGCCGAGAAGAUUACGAGGAAUGUAGCCUUAAGGAAGAAACAUGCCGUUUUCUUGAAGAUUUGGAAAAACCUGUGUGUCUGAUCGCGCACAGCGGAAAUAAAUUUGAUUUUCCUUUAUUGAACGAAGAACUAGCUGAUGCCGAAGGGUUUUCACCGAAAGGUAUCGUCUGUGCCGAUACGAUGGCCGCUUUCUAUGAUAUAUUCGAACCAGAUUCUAAAAAGACUUCUUAUAAAGAACGAAGAAGUGGAUCUUAUCCAUGGCCUGAUUAUCAUUAUAAAAUGAGUUAUCGCUUGGAAGAUGUGUAUAAAAGAGUGUUUAGAGUUACACCUAUGUUAUAUGAUGCUAAGGAUCGCAACAAAGCAAUGGUGAAGAUUGCUUUGAGCCAAGGAUUCCAGUUUAUGCUCUGGGUGGCUGAAAACAACUUGCCAUUUAUUACUUUUUUGGAAGUGUAAUUUAACAGGAAUAAUGCCAAGUAAUGAAGGGAGUAAUCUAUUUGGGCGAAUGAACUUUUAAAUUGACACUUUUCACGUCUCUGGCGUUACCAAAAAUGUGUCUGUAUAGUUACCAAGAAAUCACAUUUCAGAGAGCAAAUCACUUGAUUCAACGAAUAACAUAAAAUUAUAUAAAAGUAAUAUACCUAUUAUCCAUGAGAAAUUUUCGAUAUUUUUUAAACGAUAUUUGUGUAGGUAUAGGUAUCGUAGACAGAAUUUAAUGUCGGUCUAAAAGUUGAUUCGCCCAUCUGCUCACUUCUAACCUGUAAGUACUAUUUGUCGUACCUUAGCCUAAUAAGUUUAACCUACUUAGCUUGUUAAAGUUUGAUUGACCUAAAAGUCAGUGAAAGUGAAUUCCUAAACCCUAUUUUUUAUUUGUAAUUGAGACUUAAUAUUGCACCAACGUUUACUGUAAAAAUCUAAACGAAUGAUUUGUUGAAUGUAUUUGUAAUGUGAAUUGGUUUCCAAAUAAAACGGCGAAUAAAGGUUCUCUGGAAAUGAUCGCUCAUUAGCAAUAAAUCCGUCUGAAUAUCAUGAGGAUAAUUUUAUGUUUUUUUUUUGUAGGUAUGUUUCUGUACGGCUAAAAUGCUAAGUAUUGGUUUUUAAAUUGGAAAUAAAAGAGAAA